GAUUUGCCGAUAGCGCAUUUCCACACGCUUUGCAGUGUGGUGUCCAUGCUGGAUGCUUUAGAUGCGGACGAUAGUGGGUUCGUCACCACAGACGAACUGUUGCAGAUGUGUUCGACUUUGCGUCUUGAUGGACAAAAGUGCCUACGUGAAUUGACAUUAAGGGUAGGUUCAAGGUGUUCUUGGUACCGUUCGUUUUGCCUUCCUGAAGGGGGAUGAAAGGCAUGAUAGCGAACGGAGUAAGCGAAUACCAAAACGAAUCUCCAAUAUUAACAAAAGAACUAGGAAGCAAGCAGAGGGAAGGGAGCAGUUCUUGUGCUGGUUCUUUACUGCUCAAAGACAAU